GGAAUCAGCUUUCUAUUGACGAGGGCGAGGGCACUCGUGAUGGGUCUUCCGACUCGAUGUGCAUUAUUGAUGAUGAUGAGGAGUCGACAGGGGCUUCCAAGGAUGUUGCUUCGGCAGCUGCUGCGCAGGUUCCUGUAGAUCCCAUGGAGAUAGUAGACAGUGACACUGAGCUAAGUCCACAGGAAGACAGCCCGGCACCUUUGAGCAAGGUCCCCUUGGUCAGUGCCGAAACACAGGAAGCAAGCUCCGACCCUCCAGUCGGUGAGCAGACCUUUGCAAAUCCUCAGUUGAUUCAGUUGAUGUGCAUUGAUUCGGACGAUGAGGAGGCACAGGCUGCUCCACUGCCCAAGUGGCCGGGCGAAGCAGCUGUUGUUGCGCCCAACCCCCAACCGUUCCGAAGGUGCGACACGAGUGCUUCUAGCCUGCCGGUGCCAGAAGAUCGGGACAAGGAUGAUGGUUCUGCCAGCUAUGUAGGUGGCAGCACAGACAGUCUAGAGAAGUCGAUGGCUGCUGUCGGUUUGACGAGCCCGGAAGCAACCCAGCUGCAAGGCUUCACACAGAUCGUAAACGGCUGCGAAAGUUGUACAGCUGUAGUCGUGCAAAUCGGUAUGCUGCAGGUGCUCGACGUGGCUCCGAAGGAUGUUGCGCCAGUGCCGAAGGUGAGCAAGUAUCCCGAGAUUUGCCCGCCCCAGCCGGAGUUCCUGGAAAGCAUGGACAAAUGUAUAGCAGAGGCUGAACCACCUUUGUACAAUUCGACUGGCCUGGCAGGCGGUAAGAACAAGCGCCGUCGUCGCGGCAAGCAAGCAGACGAACCCGCUUCCAAGAAAAGCAAGGCCGCUGAUCAUGAGGAAGAUGAUGGCGGAGAUGACGAUAAUCAUGAUGAUGACGGUGAGCCUGUGCCCGAGGAUGAAGCGAUGGAGGAGCCCAUCACCGAGCCGGUGAAGGCUCGUGCAAAGAAGCCGAAGCUGUUGGAGAAGGUGGCCGAUCGCAAGAAAGCGCCCGUGGAGCCCAAGGUGACCGAUGCUGUUUGCGAGAAAGCAGCGCAGAAAGCCGUGGAGCCAGCGGUGAGCGAGCCCGCAGCAGUGGAUGCAAAGGCUCAGGCACACAAGAAAGCAAAGCCCGUGAAGACAAAGAAGCCCGAGAAAGCAGAGCCCGUGGAGACAAAGAAGCCCGAGAAAGCAGAGCCCGUGGAGACAAAGAAGCCCAAGAAGCCCAAGAAAGCAGAGCCCGUGGAUGCAAAGGUGAAGAGUGCAGCCGCCGAGGCUGGGAAAGGCGAUGGCACGUCGGCAGAUGAUCUUCCUAGCCGGGAGGAGCUGACAAAGAUGGGAGCUUGA